AUGGCCUCAGUGAGGAAAGAAUCCAAGAAGAGUCACAACCCAGUAGAGAGUGUUUGUCGGAAAAUCCGAGCCAUUCGGAAGAGAGAGGCCGUUUUAAAUCUGAUUCUACAGACUGCUAACUGCAAGUCCAGCAGCCCUGACAGUCCACAGUCUAAAACCAAGAGAGCCUUUGGGGAGGUGCUGAGGAGAGCGACUGCUACUCACGCUCCUGUGCUGGACUCCUACUCCUCAAGUUCCGAGAGAAAGCACAGCCUCGCUUCCCGCCCUGAAACCAUGUCCUCAAGAACCUCGCCCCGCUCUCCCCAGGACGGCCUGGACUUGGUUGUUCUGGAGGGUCCUGAGAACUGCUCACAGCAGAGACCGUGGAGCGACCAGCAUCCUCCCUCUUUGGAGUCUCAGUCUGGCCGAGGGGGAUGCUUCCCCAGCAAGGAUUUAGGUGGUAGCUGCAAGGCGAACUCUUUGCCCACCUCAGUCUUUGGCUUUCUUCGCAGCUAUGGGAGGGACACUACGUUUUUCACUCCUUGGGAUCGGGUGGUGAGAAAAUUAUCUCUGAAUGAGGAUGGGUUGAAAACAGAAAGUGAGGGUAUCCAGGAAGAUGGAGCCUACAGUGCCCAUGGGACCUAUGGAGAAGAAUUUCUGGCAGGCAUUUUUCAAGAGUGCGACACUAAGCACUCAGGCACAGUAGGAGUCAACAAAAUAAUGACUUACUUGAGACAAACCACUGGCCAAGACUUGGAAGACAGUGUCCUUGAAGAGCUGGGGACCAUGCUUGAUCUUGAAAAUACAAACCCAUGUGUGGACCUGGACACCUUCCAGGGCAUCAUGAAGGAGUGGAUAGCUCACUAUAUGAGCAGAAGGGAAGGAGCACGGAGUCGAUGGAGUGGCAGCUGGGACGACUCUGUGUUUGAACCACAGGAAGAUGUGAGACCAGAUGGGCCCCGCUGUGAGCUGCUCCAGGAUUGCAGGGCACGCAGGAAGGAGAUGUCUGACUUGAUCGCGUGUGUUGCGGACCUGCACUCCAACAAGCAGAAACUGGAAGAGGAGAACACGACAUGUAAACUGGCAUUAGAAGCCAUGGAAGAAGCCAACAGGCAGCUGGCAGAGGACUGCACCAGCCUGCACCUUCAGAUGAAAACUGCCCAGCAAGCUGUCAGGAGAGGCAGUCUUUUGAAGGAAGAGCUGGAGGACCUGAAGGUUACCAUGGCUGUGUCAGAAGAGCAGAAGACCAUGGCCGUGGCCCAGAACAAGCAGUUAGAGACAGAAAUCAGGACUCUGAUUAUUAAGAUUCAGGCUCUCCAAGAAGAGAAUAUUAAGAAUGUCAUGGACAUAGACUCUCUGGAAAAGAAGAUUGAAGAAUUAUCUGAAACCAAGAAAGAGUGUCAAAUGCAGCUGUACAUGUAUGAGGACAUGCUACUUACUAAAGAUGCAAGUUUGCAAAAGAAGGAUAUAUGCAUAGAAGAACUGGAGUCAACCAUCAUGGAAUACAGAAGCAUUAUAGAGAAUUUACGAGAAGAUAAGAACAACCUGGGCCAGGAGUUACAGCUCUUGCAGCACAAACUCAUUGUGAACGAGAUCCAGGUGCAUGACAAGGACAUGGCCUCCGAAGGGGAGAAGUCUCUCUACCAUGAGCUCACUCUUGCCCAGACUGCACAGGAGAAUGGUGCUGGCCACUUGUAUUCUGAGAGCUUGCCGCAGCUCAGGGAGUAUCUCACACAACCAUCCGCUGACCACACUUCAUCCUCAGAGAGUACCGUGACGUCAAGCGAAUCUGGAUCGGACAUUUUGCACAUGACUUCUGGUGAACCUGACCGCAAAUCCCUCUGUGAGAAGGAGGAGGAAGCAAGAUCGGCCUCUGCCAUGCCAGGUACACUGUCGAGGGGCCCCAGCCCAGCUCCCGAGAACGCUGCAUGCCGAGACUCCGUGAGUUCGGAAAAGGCUGCAUCACACCUGGAAGCAGGAGAGGGACUCAGAACAGUAGAAGAUGGAGGGAAGGACUGUACCACAGGAGAAACUGAGGUUUCCGCCCCUCCCAAAGCACCUGUGAAGUUAGUUAACUUUCCACAGAGUGAGAAUACUUCAGCUAGUGAGAAGGAGGUGGAGGCAGAGUUUCUCAGGUUAUCCUUGGGACUUAAGUGUGACUGGUUUACACUGGAGAAGAGAGUCAAGCUUGAAGAGAGGUCCCGGGACCUGGCAGAGGAAAACUUGAAAAAAGAAAUCACGAACUGUUUAAAGCUUUUAGAGUCAUUAGCACCUCUGUGUGAAGACGACAACCAGGCUCAGGAGAUCAUUAAGAAACUGGAGAAGAGUAUAACAUUUCUCAGCCAGUGCACGACACGUGUGGCCAGCAGGGCAGAGAUGCUGGGGGCCAUCAACCAGGAAAGCCGGGUGAGCAAAGCAGUAGAAGUGAUGAUUCAGCAUGUUGAGAACUUGAAGAGGAUGUAUGCCAAAGAGCAUGCCGAGCUGGAGGAGCUGAAGCAGGCUCUGCUGCAGAACGAGAGGUCCUUUAACCCUCUGGAAGAUGAAGAUGACUGCCAGAUUAAAAAACGUUCAUCUUCUUUAAAUUCCAAGCCAUCAUCUCUUCGAAGAGUGACAAUUGCCUCUUUACCCAGAAAUCUUGGAAAUGUGGGGAUGGUAUCUGGGAUGGAAAAUAACGACAGAUUCAGCAGGCGGUCAAGCAGCUGGAGAAUUUUGGGAACAAAGCAGAGUGAGCACCGCCCCUCACUACACCGAUUUAUUAGCACCUAUUCCUGGGCAGACACUGAAGACGAGAAAUGUGACCUGAAAACUAGAGAUGCCUCUGAACCGCCAGGAGAAGAGGCAGUGGAGAGGACCAGGAAGGCCAGCCUUUCUGAGAAGAGAAGCAGCCGGUCCACCUGGGACAGCGCUGCCGUCUGCGGCUCGGUGGCUUCAUGGGUCACUCACCUGCAGGCGUCCUUCCGAAGGGCCAACAGAGUCCUCUGGCUCUCGGUGGUCUUCAUCGUGCUGUUUGCAGCCUUGAUGAGCUUCCUCACAGGCCAGUUCUUCCAGACAGCUGUGGAGGCCGCACCUGCACAGGAAGGGAACUCCUGGAUGUCUCUAGAACACAUCUUAUGGCCGUUUACCAGACUCAGGCACAAUGGGCCUCCGCCAAUGUGACUGCAGCAUGGCCGAAUGUCCCAUUCUGAUUUUAACAUUUUCCUCUGAGAUUCAUAAAUUAGUAACUUUCUAGUAAUUAUAAUGCAAAACCAGGGUUCUCAGAGCAGCUGAGAUAUUUUAAUUCCUCAACUACAUAGCAUAGGGAGGGGACCCCACCUAGGGUAUUUUAAUGAGCUUUCUGAGAGAGACAGACAGACAGAGUACUUUAUUGAAAUUUAUUGAAAUAAAGAACUAUUCAAAUCUUUA